AUGGCGUCUUCUCGCAUUUUCGUCCAGCACCUCGGCGCGCGCGCCCGCGCCGGCCUGCUGUCCCUGUCUGCUCCGCGUCUGGGCGCUCCCAAGUUCGAGCGCAAAAUGCUCGGCUCCUACCCGGUCGCCCCCGAAUUCGAGAUGGUCUGGAGGGACCGCCUGACUGCCCACGGCGGCUACAUUCAGCAGACGAUCUCACCCUACCAGCUCAAGUUCAUAUACCCCUUCUGGCACACUUUCGCUGCAAGAUGCUGGGCUAAGUGCAGCGGCUACGCGCUGCCCUGGAUCUGGCCCGGCCUCAUAACCUUCGGCUUGUUGAAGAAAAUGCACCACGACGUCGAGGAAGACAUCCGCGACCACUACUGGUAG